CACAUAUCGAUAAAGAAAAUCAUGUAAUCAGUGAUAUCCACAUAUUAUAAGUUUCACCAAUCUAAGCCUCCAGUUUCCCCCGUUAUAUAUAUAUAGCAACCAGCUGCUAACUGUUUAUUGAAAUCACCAAGAAAAAAAAAAAAAAAAAGAGAGAAAAUGGCUACCUUUGACACAUUCCUUCAACCUAAAAAAUCUGUUCAAAGAAAGAGUAGUGGCAUUAUAGGUUAUAAUGUGCCUGAAGGGGUGGACAUUAGGGGAAGAUAUGAUCCUGAAUUUUCCAAGAUUCUCACUAGGGAUGCUUUGCAAUUUGUAGCUGAUUUGCAGAGGGAAUUUAGGAACCAUAUUAAGUAUGCUAUGGAGUGCAGGAAGGAGGCUAAAAUGAGGUAUAAUAAUGGAGGUUUGCCAGGUUUUGAUCCGACAACCAAAUAUAUUAGGGAAGGAGAGUGGCUGUGUGCUCCUGUGCCGCCAGCGGUGGCUGAUCGGAGGGUGGAGAUAACUGGAUCAGUUGAGAGGAAGAUGGUCAUCGAUGCCCUUAAUUCUGGAGCCAAAGUUUUCAUGGCGGACUUUGAAGAUGCACUGUCACCAAACUGGGAAAAUCUAAUGAGAGGCCAUAUAAAUUUGAGGGAUGCAGUAAAUGGAACAAUAAAGCAUGAUCACACAACUAAACUAUUUGUGCGCCCAAGAGGGUGGCAUUUGCCUGAAGCUCACAUCUUCAUUGAUGGUGAGCCUGCCACUGGUUGCCUUAUCGACUUCGGCCUCUAUUUUUUCCACAACUACGCCAACUUCCGCAAGACCCAAGGACAAGGCUUUGGACCCUUUUUCUACCUUCCCAAAAUGGAAAAUUCUAGGGAAGCUAGAAUAUGGAACAAUGUGUUUGAGAAGGCAGAAAGAUGGGCUGGAAUUGAGAAUGGAAGCAUCAGGGCCACUGGCAUGAUUGAAACACUUCCAGCAGCGUUUCAGAUGAAUGAAAUCCUGUAUGAACUAAGGGACCAUUCACUUGGCCUCAACUGUGGUAGAUGGGAUUACAUUUUCAGCUACAUCAAGACUUUCCAGGCUCACCCCGAUCGCCUACUCCCUGAUAGGGUUCAAGUUGGCAUGGCUCAACACUUUAUGAGAAGUUACUCUGACUUGCUCAUCUACACCUGUCAUAAGCGCGGCGUCCAUGCUAUGGGAGGCAUGGCAGCUCUGAUUCCAAACAGAGAUGAUCCAGCAGCUACUGAGGCAGCAUUAGAACUUGUAAGGAAGGACAAGCUGAGAGAAGUGAAGGCAGGGCAUGAUGGAACAUGGGUAGCUCACACUUCCCUAAUACCAGCCUGCAUGGAAGUGUUUAACAACAACAUGUCCAAUGCUCCUAACCAAAUACAUUCCAUGAAGCGCCAAGAUGCGUCGGUCCUAGAUGAAGAAGACCUGUUGCAGAGUCCGAGAGGGGUCCGAACCAUGCAGGGCCUCCGGCUGAACACCCGAGUGGGAAUUCAGUACAUGGCAGCCUGGCUGAAAGGGGAUGGCGCUGUCCCGAUUUACAACUUCCUGGAGGAUACUGCCACAGCUGAGAUUAGCAGAGUUCAAAUCUGGCAGUGGCUGAAAUAUGGUGCCGAAUUGGAUGGAGAUGGACUUGGGGUGAAGGUAAACUUGGAGCUGUUUGGAAAAGUGGUUGAAGAAGAAAUGGCUAGGAUCGAGAGAGAAGUUGGAAGGGAGAAAUUCAACAAGGGAAUGUACAAGGAGGCAUGCAGGAUAUUCACAAGGCAAUGCGCUGCCUCUGUGUUGGAUGACUUUCUCACACUUGAUGCCUAUGAUUAUAUCGUCAUGCAUCAUCCUAUUGGAUCUUCUCGGCUCUAAAUUUCGCAGCUUAUUUUGCUUUAUAAUCAAUACGUUGCCUCUGUAUUGUUAGUACUACAUGCCAUCUUCCCCUGUAAUGAUGAAAGAAAAUGGAAUGUGCCUUUGAAGAUGGCUAAUUUUCAAAAUGCUGUCUUUUCCAACUUUGCUUUCUGUUAAUCUGCUAUCCGUAUCUUUCCCCUGUAAUAUAUAAAAUAAUGUUCAUUUUGUUGUCCUGGUAAA